UUUUGUAUGGUAUAUAAGAAGCACAACUUAACACACCCUUCUAGCACAAGCUACCAAUAUCCCCUUUCACACUAUUCUUACCAAUUAACUUCUACUUGAAAUUUUACUCUUAGUUUUUCCAUAUGGAAUUGGAUUUUGAGGACUACUUUCCAUCCAUGAUUUCACGUUUAGGAGCAGAAGGGUUUAUAGGUGAACUUUGCAAUGGAUUUCGUUUGCUUAUGGAUGUGAACAAAGGUCUUAUAACAUUUGAGAGCUUGAAGAUGAAUUGUUUCAUGCUUGGCUUGGAGGUGAGGGAUGAAGAACUCGUGUACAUGCUAAUGGAGGGUGAUUUGGAUGGAGAUGGUGCUUUAAAUCAAAUGGAGUUUUGCAUUCUCAUGUUUAGGUUGAGUCCAUGUUUAAUGGAUGGACCUAAAUUAUGCACAACUCGUCAAGGUGUGGAUCCAAUGUUAUUGUAAUACAACUCUUCUAUCUAACUUCUUUUUGGUUAGCUUUCUCUUUAAAAUUUAAUUCAUAUACACCAUCAAUUUUAAAAAUAAAUUAUACUGUUAAUCAAUCAUUAUCACCAAUCAUUAAAAAUGACUUUAAUUAUAAUUAUUUUCAAAUCGUUUAUCUAUGAUUGGUUGUGAUUGUGACGGUAUAAAUUUGUUAUAGUUUCGAUGGUGUAUAUAAUUAAAUUUAUCUCUCUAUUUCUCUCUUAUUUAAUAUUAGUAACAUAACAUUUGAUCAUUUUAAGAGAAGUGAGAGGUAGGAGAAGUUAAUCAAAAGAAUAUUAAUGUAACUCUAUUAGCUAGUCUUUGUAUUCAAUGUUCCAAAAAUAAAUGUCUUUGUAACUUUCUCUUUCUUUUGUUUCAAAUGUAACCAUGAUUAGUAAAUUGCUUUGUUUAUUUUUUUUGUUUUU